CUUUACAAAUAAAAAAUACAAUAAAACUAUGCCACAGGACAGGACUUAUCAGUAAAUCAACAAUUUUAUCUAAUCAGCUGAAUGUAUUAUCAAUACGCGUUGGCUAGUCUGAAUAAAACUUUGUUCAUUUAGUUUUUGUCUCAGGAACAAAUAAUAUUUGUCUUCAUAAUUAUACUUUUGGAUAUGUGUUUAAUUAGUUUGAGGAUAAUUAUUAAGAUGUGAUUUUUAUUAGUAAAAAGAUUUUACAAUGAGUGCAAAUGGUUGAGUUUUUAACAGUAGAACGACACGAUGGUAUGCGAAUUGGACAAAGAAGUUUCUGGUGAAAUCCUGGGAUGGAAGCUGCCAGCAUGGCAGGCUUUGCUGCUGCACCGUGUGAUGCCAUCUUGCGGUGGACUUGUCGUUUAUCUAAUGGUCAUUUGCUACGAUUUGUCACUUAUUUAUGAGCAAUUUAGGAAUAAAGAAAAUACGCUAUCAAUAUUGUGCUUGAUGCUAAUGGCGUUGCCUGCUCUUCUGUCCCUGGUGUUCACACUGGCCUCUCCACCGCCGGGCCUGCAGACAGAAGAGUCUGCUUUCAGCGUCAAGAUAAAGAAGAAUGACUUGCUUUGGAUCGUCAGAGAAUGUUUCAGUGCUCUCUUUUUUCCUAUAUCUGCGAUUGGGAGAUAUUGCUACUUGAUAUUCUGGUGGAUAGAAGCGGUUUGCGCCUCCCGCGCGCAGGACGAGCCUCGCACGAAGGACGCGAUCACGCGAGCGCGCGCCCCCUCGUCCGUGGAGCUCUACUUGUUCCUGCAGGCCUUCUUACACUGCGCACCCAUCGCUGUUAUCAAUAUACUAGACAUGCUGGGACGUUAUGCCAAUCCGGACUUUGAUAAGCUUAAUUUGCAAGCAGUUAGCUUGAUUGCUUCGUCUCUUCGAAUGGCAAGUACGGCUACAGUGUAUCGGAGAUUUGAAAGGGAAAAGUUGUGCGGCCGGAAAUAUCCAUGGGGAUCUAAAGCAGAAGGCCGAGUUGAAAACGCAAAUGAAGACAACGUCGAUCAAACGAACAACAACGAUCAAACGAAGACCAAUUACGAACCAAUAAUCAAACGAGAUUCGUUCACUUCGCAUAAGACGCACGACAACCGGGAGCAAGCGAAUAGUGAUUUAAUACAAUUUUCCCCUCGGAGUUCAGAAGUUCAUGAAACAUUUUACGACGAUUACAUAGAUUCGAGUUCAGACUUAAGUUUGGGGGAUUUACCCCCUGUUACUCGCAACGAGAACUAUGACAGUGACGAUGAAUACGUUCGACCUAUCUCCAUUAUAGACCGAGUAGCCCCGCUCAGGCGUGCUACACAAUACACAAUUGAAACCGUGUAUGUUCCUCCGCCGCCGGCAGUGCCUGCGCCGCGGCCGGGCUCGUUCGCCGUGUGGGCGGAGAAAUUAGUUGAAAACGCCGAGGCGAUCCCCACCUGGCUGUCAGCACCACCCAGGAGAAAGCAUUGGGAAGUAAUUCAGGACGAGCCUGACCUUCCGCAAAGAGUACCGCGAACCUAUUUGCGCGGUCUGCUGCCUCAGGACGCGACGGCUGCACUGGUUAACUUUUUAGGGUGGUAUUCAUUUUUCGUAGCCCGUUUGAUAUCCAUAGCGGCGUUUAUAGAUUUCUUUCCAUUUUUAGCCAUUUUUCUUUUAAUGUGUCACUAUCAGGUGAUGUUAUUGUUUCUAAUAGUACCACAGGCGAGCACGGUGAAGAGAGCUUUCUAUGUGUUCCUUGCAUUCGUGUACUUGUUUUGCCUUAUGGAGUUUAAGAUUCGUUUCCGCCACGUCCGCGUGUGGCAUAUGUUUUGGAUCAUUCUCUGCACAGUGGAGAUCGUAUUAUUCAUUUCACUGUGGGCGACUAUAGAUAACAAUCUUCACAAUUGGUGGAAAGGAUUUGUAGUGACUGUGACAAUUGUUAGUAUGGUGUUAAGUUAUUUUCUCUUUCUUGUAUAUUUCUUGUUACUGCAACCUAGAGAAACUGUAGUCCAUUUAAACAGGGUUGUUAAAAAGUAAAUCAUCAAUUAGACAUGAUUAGCUUUUCUACCUCCCACGAUAAACUAAGACAAUAACUAAGAUAAACACAUCUCUAUUAUUGUCUAAGUAUACUUUUGGAUCACCGUUGUUUCGUGUUUUAGAAAGAAUGACGUUGACAGAUCUAUUUAUUGUUUUUCCUAAGCGAAAACCCAUAAAAGCAUUGCGUAAGGUUUACAUUUGCGCCUAGAACAUUAGCCCCGUAUGUGUUGUUGUAUGCUUCUUCUAUGCUGACAUUCCAAAAGGUGCAUGGCGUAAUACACUUAUAGCAAUAAACAUAAUGCUUUGUGUUCCACUUCAAAGAAAAUACUACGCUUCUCGGCUGUGAUUGAAGUCUUCCUUUUCGGCAGCUGUACAAUUUUUAAGCAUUUCCCCUUUGUCUUGUUAUUUAUUUGAUACUGGCAAGUGCCUUCGAUCUUGUACGAUUUGCUUUUAGAUUGAAACGUUCAGUAUGUCAAAAGCUUAAAUUAAAAGUGUUUUCUUUAUAUAAAGAUUAAGAAAUACGAAUGUUAUGUUAAUGGUUAGGGCAAUGUUACGUGUCUGCUUCGCUGGUUCAGUGGUAGUUCCUGUUGCUUCGGAUCACGAGUUCCUGGGUUCGACUUCGAGUCUGGGUCGAGCUAUGUAAUAGGGAGCUUUUCUGUCUUCUAAGAAAUUUGAAUAAACAUUGGGAGCCCGGAGUGUGGAAAUUGGUGGUGUAAGUAACCUCCGUGCUUCGGAACCGGUAAUAGGGUGGUGGACUCCUAAUUAUUAAAUAAUAUUUUUUUCAAAACACUCCCUUUGAUAAAGUUUAGUGUUUACGUGACGUCUUGAAAUAAUUAAAUAAAAUAUGGACCUUAUUGGUCUCAAAAAAAUAUAAUAUUUCUUUUCAAUCUAGUAGAACGCUAAUGAACAAGAUGUUUUUAAGACCCUUUUAAAAAAGAAUCAACUAGCCUAUUAUAAUUAAUAUCUGAUAGUGAUCGUACAAAUAAUCUAACAAUUUUUGCAAAUGUUAUGUUAGAAGACUAACUUGUCAUAGAAUAAAAAAGUACCUACAUACUUACAAAAAACAAAAGUUAAGUAUCUAUUGUUUCAGUUACCAUAUAGGUAUCUUAUAAUAAAAGGAUAAGUGCCUUUUAUUAUAAGAUCUGAAUGAUUUAAGAUCUGAAUUGCAAUGGUAUCUACUUUAAUGCAGUCCUCCUAUAAUAUACAACGUGUCCCAAAAUUCAACGAUAAGCGGGCGCCAAAAGAUUGACCUGCUCAUGAGCACUUAAGGAAAAAUAAUAAAAAAAAUAUACCUAAAUUUUUUUUUUAGUUACAAAAUAAAUUUUAAAAUUCUUUGAAAAUUUACACCUUGUAUGAUAUUUUGAACUACCGCAGCUACAAUUUCUUAAAUAUGCUUAAGAUUUUUUUUGUAUCGGAACCUAAGUAGUACUACUAUUCACCACAACUCUUAAAAACACCACAAUGCCCGCAGUUUUUACACAAAAAAAAAUCAAAAUAUUUUUUUUCCCUCAAAUUUUUAAAGAUUUUUACUUUCAGUCUACUUUGACUCAUGGUCUUGCAAAAAAAAGUAUGAACACCGCUAUGGCAAGUUAUUUUCAAAGUUGACGCAACUAAUCAAGAUUUCAAAAUAGUAUAAUACCCUAGGAUAACUAGUCACAAAAAAAAAUAUGCGUACUAUUUGUAAACAAGAACCAAAUUUCUUAAUUGUUCUUGUUGUUAGUAAUAAAUUUUACUAUGUUCCAAAAAUGUGUUUGUUAUUUUAAUUACACAACAUUAAAGUAAAUGUUCGAAUUGUUUUCCACCGGCAUUAAUACAGGCACGACAUCGCCUUAAAAACGACCGUUUUAUUUUUCGCGCAUAUCUUCUAGCAUUGAUAUGUGCCGCAGCCUGAGUGAUUUUUUGCCGAAGCUCGUCCAAUGUCGUAAUCGGUUUUGCGUAGAUCCUGUCUUUGAGACAACCCCAAUAAAAGAAAUCCAGGGGGUUUAGGUCGGGUGAUCGGGGUGGCCAUAGGAUAGGACCAAGUCGCCCGAUCCAACGCCCCGGAUACUCGUGGUCUAGGUAUUGUCUCACAGGACGAGCGUAGUGAGCUGGGCAACCAUCAUUUUGAUACCACAUAUUUUGAAGGUCGCUUAGGGGGACGUCUUCUAGUAAUUCUUGCAAAUCAUUUUGUAAAAAGUUCAAAUAACUGUCCCCAUCUAAGUUUCCUUGUAAUUCAAAAGGCCCAAUCACUUUUCCAUUUAAAAUGCCCGUCCAUAAGUUGACCUUAAAUUGAUAUUGGGAUUUGUCUUCUCUCAUCAGGUGCGGAUUCUCAUUGCUCCAGCUGUGUAGGUUGUGAAGAUUUAAAUAGCCAUCUUUCUUGCAGGUUGUUUCAUCCGACCAUAGUACUUUAUCCAAGAACUGAGGAUCUUCCCGAUGCUUUUGAAGCAUCACUCGGCAAAAUGCGAUCCGCAGUGGAUAGUCCCGUGAUAGUAACGUUUGUACACGUCUGUAAUGAUAUGGGUGUAGCCGAUGACGUUUUAGUAUUCGAUGUGCUGAACUUUUUGGGAUUCCCGUAGCUGCUUCUAUGGCACGCACUGAGGUAGUUGAAUCAAUGUUUAUUUCAUUGAGAACUUCUUCAUCGCAUUCCGAUCUAGGUCUUCCAGCGUUUCUUCUAGCUGACGGCAAACGACCCUCCGAAAACGCUUGAUGCACAUUCAUAAAUACCCGAUAAUCUGGAUAUCUUUGAGCGUUUGGGUACCUUUCUCGAUACAAUCUGCUAGCAGCGUUAGCAUUGCACCGACAUUCUCCAUAAAUGAGAUGCAUGUUAGCGUAUUCCAUCGGCGUGUAUGGUUGCGGCAUGAUAACGCUAAACAGUCCAAAAUACACCAAAAGUCCAAUUCACAAAACACAGGCACAGUCCAAAAUAAUGCCAGGUCAGUUCAGUUUGCAGAUCACUUAAGUCCAGUCCAAAAUGCAAAGCCAAAAGUCGUUAGUACGAGAGCCACGUCAAUUGAAUACGGAAAGUUGCGCAGUAAACAAAGGAGCAGAGCGUACUGACUUGCUGGGAACAGGAUUUUCUUUACCUGCAUCAUUGUCAUUCAACAAAGAACAUCUGUCUAUCCCUCUCUAACGUAUACUUAUCGCUAUCUUUCUCUCUCUCUCUCUCUCUUAUUUUUAAAUGUUAUCGUUCGUUCCAUUAAAAUUCUAGGAAAUUGCAACGUAUGACUCACAUCAUUUUGUGCAUAAAGUAAAAGUGAUUUCUAGGAGCAAAAACAUUUUAGAAAUUUAGUUCUUGUUUACAAAUGGUACGCAUAUUUUUUUUUUGCGACUAGUUAUCCUAGGGUAUUAUACUAUUUUGAAAUCUUGAUUAGUUGCGUCAACUUUGAAAAUAACUUGCCAUAGCGGUGUUCAUACUUUUUUUUGCAAGACCAUGAGUCAAAGUAGACUGAAAGUAAAAAUCUUUAAAAAUUUGAGGGAAAAAAAAUAUUUUGAUAUUUUUUUGUGUAAAAACUGCGGGCAUUGUGGUGUUUUUAAGAGUUGUGGUGAAUAGUAGUACUACUUAGGUUCCGAUACAAAAAAAAUCUUAAGCAUAUUUAAGAAAUUGUAGCUGCGGUAGUUCAAAAUAUCAUACAAGGUGUAAAUUUUCAAAGAAUUUUAAAAUUUAUUUUGUAACUAAAAAAAAAAUUUAGGUAUAUUUUUUUUAUUAUUUUUCCUUAAGUGCUCAUGAGCAGGUCAAUCUUUUGGCGCCCGCUUAUCGUUGAAUUUUGGGACACGUUGUAUAUAUAAAGCUGUAAGUUGUACAAUUACAUUUUUAAGAUUUGUAAAUAA